AUGGAUCAACUAACUCCUACAAAACAUUUAAGCACAAUGUAUGACUCUAAUGGAGAAUUAGAUUUUGCGUUACUAAGGCGAAUUAAAAUGGAGCCAGACACAAUAUUAUCACAUGAUGACGAUAUCAUGGCACAGUUACACCAAGACAGUUCAGAUCUGGAAGUCGAGCCUAGUUUUGCAUUAGAACAACUGAACGAGGAAGACACUAAUCCUGAAAAUCUUCAUAUGCAACACAUGGACAUUAGACAACCUCUGUCAACAUUGAAAAUGUUACUGGAACAAAAAUUAAACUUUGACUUGAGCGAUUUUCAAUUUUGGCUCCAAGAUGCCCAAGUUUUGGAAAGUCAUAAAAAUUUAGUUGACCAAUGCGUUCAAGGUGAAGGUCUGGUACAAGUAAAUGUAAAAAUAAAUUUAGCACAAAAAAAAAUAAACAUUGUUGAUGUUUUAAAACCUGCUGAAGACUAUGUUCAAGUAGAGGAUCAAUCUCCAGAACCUGCUCAAGAAGAAAAAAAAGUUAUUAAAUGGACGGUUGAUACUCAUUAUAAACAAGAACAAGAUCGUUUGAAAAUACCGAGUGAUCCAAUGGAGUGGUCACAAACUCACGUUAAACAUUGGCUGCAGUGGGCAGUAAGACAGUUUAAUCUUACAUCAAUACGAUUAGCUGAUUGGAAUAUAAUUGGCGAACAAUUGUGCAACCUUGAACUCGAAGAAUUUAAAACAAAGGUUCCAAAUGACAAGGGUGACAUAUUUUGGACCCAUUUAGAGUUGUUGAGAAAAUGUAAAUUAGUCACUGUCAUUCAAAAAGAUCAGCCUGAAAGCUCCCAGGACAGUAAUAAAGCUAUUAUGAAAAUCCGUAAUCAAAAACCGACGAAACCGCGAGCAGUUAUCAACCAGCAUCCCCGAUUAGUCAGUGUGCCUUUAGCAGAGCCACCCCAGCAAAUACCUCUAGCAACUUCAAGUCGCGCUGUUACUAGUAGUCAAAUACAACUGUGGCAGUUUUUGUUAGAGCUACUGACAGAUCGUGAACACAGAGAACAUAUUGAGUGGGUCGGAAGCGAGGGUGAAUUUAAGUUACAUAAGCCGGAUAAAGUUGCGAGUUUGUGGGGCAAACGGAAAAAUAAACCCUCGAUGAAUUAUGAAAAGUUGAGUCGCGCUUUACGGUAUUACUAUGACGGCAACAUGAUUUCUAAGGUCCAGGGUAAGAGAUUUGUAUAUAAGUUCGAUUGUGAUUUAAAAAACCUGCUUGGUUAUUCUGCUGAAGAAUUAAGUAAUAUUGUUAAUGAAUCUCCUAAGUAUUGUUGA